AUGUAUAGCCAACCCCACGGAAGUCUGCCGUCACAUUUUCAAGGUUCUCCUCCCGGUCAAGGUGAGUAUCACUCCUCAAUGCGUGGUGACUACCCACCUCCGGAAAGUUAUUAUCGAAUACCACCAAACUUGGCACCAUCAAUGCAUCAAUAUUAUGACUUUCCACCAUAUCUACCUUAUCACCAUGGAACAAUGGGACCACCAAUGCUACCACCUACGCACCAUUAUAGACCUGGUGGUACCCCACCAAUUAACACCCCACCACUAGGGGAGGGAGAUAAGUUAAAAAAUUCAAAGAAUAUUCCAAGUUCGAAUACGCACAAACCAAAAUUCAUUCAUAAAGAUCGGUUCGAUGCUUUUGAGACAACCCCUGUAGAGGAAGAUAAAAGGCAAUACAAUCUUGUGGUGUGUCAGCAACCUUUAAGAGCUCGAAUGUGUGGUUUUGGUGAAAAAGACAGACGACCCGUUGAUCCUCCUCCAAUAGUACAGCUCGUGGUAUUGGAUGAAAAAGGGCAGCCUGAUGCAGGGUAUUUAUUCGAUUAUGACGACAUGUUACAAAAUCCAUUCUUUGUUCUUCACGUCACACUUUGGUCGGAAGAUCGAAGACAUGAGCGAAAUGUGAUAAGUAAUCCACCAAAAACUACACGUGUUCUCAUGGGUUCACUAGUAUCAUCUCCCGCUUUAUUGAAAAACACCGAGGGAGAACAAGGUUGUUAUUUUUGUUUUCCGGAUCUUUCCAUACGAACGGAGGGAACUUAUACUUUAAAAUUCUCGUUAUUGAAAUUGGGCAUUGAUGAUCGUUUAAUUACUACCAAGAGUAAUGUAAUUUCAACCGCCUUUUCGGAUCAGUUCACAGUAUUUUCUGCUAAGAAAUUUCCGGGAAUGACGGAAUCUACCGAACUAUCUAAAGCCUUCGCAAAACAAGGUCUAAAAAUUCCUAUUCGGAAUGAUGUACGACCGAGGAAAAAUGCAGAAGAAUGA